GCCGGCGGCGGGGGGGGGGGGGCGGCCGUUGAAGCCGGGUUUUGAAGGGGGUUCUUUGGACCAACGGUCAAGGCGGCUCGCGAUGUUGACGGCCCCAGCUCGGAGCUCCGUGCUGGCGCUCGCCCUCUGCGCGCUGCUCGCUUCGGCUUCCACCACCGAGCUGUACUACGUGACCUGCGGCUCCGUGGUCAAGCUGCUCAACAGCCGGCACAAUGUCCGCCUGCACUCGCACGACGUGAAGUACGGGUCGGGAAGUGGUCAGCAAUCUGUUACUGGGGUGGAUGCUUCUGAUGAUAGCAACAGCUACUGGACAGUGAGAGCAAAACCAGGCCAGAUUUGUCAGCGAGGAAUGCCGAUAAAAUGUGGCCAGUCAAUACGGCUGACACAUGUCAAUACUGGAAGAAAUCUGCACAGUCACCAUUUUGUGUCACCACUUUCUGGAAACCAGGAAGUAAGUGCUUUUGGUGAGAAUGGAGAAGGAGAUGACUUGGAUGUUUGGGUCGUGCAAUGCAGCGGAAUAAAUUGGGAGCGAGAUGAUGAAGUACGCUUCAAGCAUGCAGGCACCCAGGUCUUUCUAACGAUAACAGGAGAGCAGUAUGGCCAUCCAAUCCGAGGUCAGCUUGAAGUUCAUGGCACAUUCAGCCCCAGCGCCAACAACUACUGGACAGUAAUGGAAGGUGUCUUUAUCAAACCUAGUGCUGAGCCAUUAAAACACGAUGAACUAUAGCUUUAGUCAAAUAAAAUGGUUUGGGGGGGAAUUACGGAGGCCAGUAAGAAAUAUUGUUUGACAAGUUACUUCAUCUCAUCUUGAGUCAUAGUUUAUAAAGGAAAAACAAAAUUGUACUGUAUCUAUUUUCUAUAUUUUAAAUUUCUAAAGAAAUGGGAAUGUAUUUAAAACAAAGUUUGUGCAGAGAUGUGAAGAUGCAUGUGUUCAAUUUAAUUUUGUUGCUUUAAUUUCUGCAAUUGAGAAGAUCAAACUUGGGAACUUGGAUAUCGGAAAUAUAGUUAAAGUCAAGUGCAUGUGAAUGGUUUGAUUAUUCCAAGUGUUGCAAAUUCAGUUUUCUUUUUAUCUGUUAUUCCCCUAUCUUUUCAUUUCUCUUUUAUACAAAUUUUGUGUUCUGCUCUCCGUGAUUCUCUUGAGCAGAGAGUUAGUUCAUUUGCAGAAUACCAGCCAUAACCGGCACUCUCCAUUCUAUAAGAUCAUAAGACGUAGGAGUGGAAGCAAGGCCAAUAGGCCCAUCGAGUCCACUCUGCCAUUCAAUCAUGGCUGAUGGGCAUUUCAACACCACUUACCUGCACUCUCCCUGUAUCCCUUAAUUCCUUGUGAGAUUAAGAAUUUAUCAAUCUCUGCCAUAAGGACAUUUAACAUCCCAGCCUCCACUAUGCUCCGUGGCAAUGAAAUCCGCAGACCCCCCUACUCUCUGGCUGAAGAAAUGUCUCCUCAUUUCUGUUCUAAAUUGAUCCCCUCUAAUUCGAAGGCUGUGCCCUGCCUGGCGGAAACACAUUCCCAGCGUCUACCCUUUCCAUCUGCUAGCAAAUCUUCACAUCACAGACUAAAUUCUACAUAGUAUAUUUGUCCAUACUGCAUAUCAAUACCCGUUUCAGUGCACUAAUUCCUAAAGGGAGAGUUGGAAGUUAUCAAUGUGUUUAAUAAGUGACCUUUUCUACUAAGCAGUUGACCAGAUGAGGGAAUUUGCUUUUCCACUUUGUCCUGCAUUUCCAAUGCUGCUUCUGUAGAUUAUGCAUUCAAAGCAAGCAUACUCUUUGCAGUACAGAAACAUGCCAUUCAACAUAAAAGAUCUCUACCAGUGUUCAUACAGCACAUACUUAGUCAUUUUCUUCCUUACAUUCAGCAUGAAAAUACAUAAAAUGUAUCUGUGCUAUUUGCCUCAAGUUGGGGUUUGGAAUUUAUGUCCAAACUGUGGUCUUGUAAACAAAAUGGUCAAUUGUGAGAUCAAUCUGUUGCAAGUGACAGUGUUGCACAAAUGAUUUUUGAUUUGUUCAGGAGAUUCAAAUUGAAUUGAUCCAUUUUUGUUGAGCCACUGAGUAAGACUUAAAAUAAAUGUUCGUCUGCUGUUUCUGA